UUCAUAUAUCAUCUCAUCUCAUAAACUCAGACACGAUAGUACAUAAAACUCUAUUAAAAAUAGAAAAAAGAAAAAAAGCCCAAAAACCAAAACCCAUAAACCAUUUUUCCAAGGCGAAGAGAGAUCAAAAUCAAAGGCAAGUUUUUUCUCAAUGGCAGACCACAUGGAACAGCUAGAACAAGAACCAACCACACCCACUUCAACAUCAUACAGAUUGUUUAUAAAUAUUAUGAGCAAAAGGAGAACAUGGCUCAACCAUCUUCUUCAUCUUUUGGGUGGCCUGCUUUGUAUGCAUCGGUUCUUCUCGGGGCAGUUUUUGGUUUGAUUUCAAUGGCUGCAGCUCUGGCUGUGGCUGUGCCUGCCACUUUGGUCAUUUGGAUCACUGUUGUGGUUCUUCUUGCUUUCUUUGGGAAACCCAGGAGCAGUUUGGUGAUUGAAGGCAGGAAGAUCACAAGAGAAAUUAUUAGUUUUGUGUUCAAGAUUUUGUUGAAGGAAGGUAAUGUUGUGGCUGCUGUUUGUGCUGUUCUGGGAUACUUUGCACUUGUUAGAAGGAAUUGUGGUGAUAGUGGUGUGGCGUGAAGAAAAUUGGGGGUUUUUGUUUGUUGAUUUUGGGAUUUUGUGAGAUGGUUUUCUGGAAAUUUUGUUGUUAGAUUAGGUUUUGGUAAAGUUAACCCUACACUACAUUUGAAGAGAUUAAGGCUGUUAAAUAUGGAUUACAGAUGUAAAGCUCAUAAUUAAGGAGCUUAUGUAACAAAUAAUCCUUUAAUUUUCCAUUUUCGGCGUA